CGCGACAUACAUAUAAACAAGGGUACACAAUAAAUAAAUAUAAAGUGUAAACGUUUCGUUUUGUGCACAAAAUGGAUCUGGACUGGCAAAACAGUCUGACAGAGAUCAAAGAUCGUGGCCAAUAUCUCUUACACUCAGAGAAAUGGGCCGAUUGUCGCUUUCUCGUUGGCACACCACCCAACCAACGCAUUAUAUCGGGCCACAAGCUCCUUUUGGCCAUGGCUUCGCCUGUUUUUGAGCGAAUGUUCUAUGGCAAUUUACCGGACAAAACGGAUCCCAUCAUAAUACCCGAUGUACAACCUGAGGCAUUUGAGGCAAUGCUCGAGUACAUCUACACGGAUCGCAUAACAAUCGGCUCAUUCGACAAGGCCUGCGAGCUGUGCUACGUGGCCAAGAAAUAUAUGCUUCCACAUGUGGUGACGCGCUGCACCCACUUCCUAUGGGCGGAUCUGAGUCCAAAGAAUGCCUGUCGUGCCUACGAGUUUGCCAAGCUGUUCGACGAGCCACGCCUUAUGCAGAGCAGCAUGGAUCUGAUCGCGGCCAAUACCAGGGAGGUGCUCUCCGAUCCAAGUUUCCUGGACAUUGAGGUCUCCACUUUGAUGGCCAUAUUGGAUCAGCAUCGCCUGAACAUUGACUCUGAGCUGGAUUUGUUCAAUUGUCUGCUGAAAUUCGCCAGCGAACGCGGCAUUCUUAACGAGAACGGGAACGAGGAGGCGGCCAGUGGCAGUGGCAAAUCCACAGCUUGUGCGGAACAAGCAGCCGCAGCUGCCAACGACAUGAUCGAGGAGAUCAAAAUGGAACCAGAUGUGGCGGCCAUGGUGCAGCAUAUGCACCAGGACGAGGACGUUGAAAGCUACAAGCAGCCCACUGGCAAUGGCUCCGCCGGCAGCUCACCCGAUCAUCCAGCCGGCAGCAGCUGCUCCUCAUCGACAUCGAAUGCAAAUGCAAAUGCGAAUGCCAGCGCUGCCAUUGUCAAUGACGAUGUGGUGAUCAUUGACAGCGAUGCAUCCGGCAAUGCCAACGAGGAGGAGAUGAACGCGGCGGAGGCAGCCGCCAAUAUGAUCAACAUGAUGGACGCACAAAGGACAAUCAUGGACGGUGCAAUGCUGCGGCAGGCCGUCAAGAAGAUACGCUUCCUCACCAUGACGCCGCAACAGUUUGCCGAGGGACCGGCACGCUCCAAGCUGCUCAAGCAGCACGAGGCCCUCGCCAUACUCAUCAAAAUCUCCAGUCCCACACUGAACGAUUGCAAUAUGCCGGAGGGAUUCUGCGUGUCGCGGAGCACGCGCAACUUUUACGAGUCGGCGCACAGGCAGCGGGAGCUCAGCUCCUCCUAUCGGAGUGCCAAUAAUCCGGCGAAUGCAGCCAACGGCUUCCCGGGCCCCGCCACGCGCACCAACCAGCCGCUCUUCACGCGUCAACGCAUCAGCGUACCGCUCAACCUGGGCGCCAAUGCGGGCGCAGCGGCGGCCGCAACCGUCGAUCAUAUACCCGCAUAUGGCUUUAGCUUUGAGGACGAGCCGCUGCCCAUGCCCAAUGCCGCCGCCUUUGGCGAUGCCUACGACGGUCCGCCGCCGCCAGUCGCUGCACCCGGAGCAGCAGCAGCAGCCGCAGCAGUAGCAGCGCCAGCGGCUCCUCCGCCCGGCAGCGACAAUGAUGUCAUUGUGGCCAGCAAUUCGCAUCACGAUAUGACACGCUCCUACUGCAUGCGCUCCAUAGCCAGGCAGUUCGAUUAUCGCAAUACCAGCGUCACCGACUGUGGCGUCACCUUUCAGGUGGACACAAACAUUUGGAUCCUGGGUGUGCAGGUGCCCACGCAGGUGCUUUGCGGCGAGCUUAUGAAUUCGGCUGGCUUUGCCGAACGCUACACGGAGGUGCUCUACGCCCACAUACAGGAUAUGCAUGGAUCGCGCAUCACGUAUACGCACUGUACGGCCCGGGUGCGAUACGAUUCGCACUUGGACAUCACAUUCGAUCGGCCCGUCUACAUCUAUCGCAAUCAGAUCUACAAGAUCUAUGUGGUCUUCAACAAAAUGGGCUGGUAUCCGAUGUAUUCGUGUGUGCCGGACACGGUACGGCAGCGUGUCAAAUUCAUGUUCAAUGUGGGCAAUCCGACGGAAUCGGUGCGUGAUGGUCUCAUCUAUGCAAUUAUAUUCUCGACGCCGCAGGAUCAUGCGCGGCAUCUGAUCGAUUGAUCGACUAAAAAUGGACGAAUAGCAACAACAACAACAACAACAAAUGCGAUCAACGAAUUUGAGAUGUGAUAGAUUUUUGUUUCCAUCCCAAUUUGCUUGCUUUGUGUCCUUCCAUUGUUCCACAAUUAGUUUUUUCGGUAGCACAGUGAAAUCUGGCAUUGACGAACGACUUUACAGCGUUUUUCUCUUCCCUAUUCU